GCAGCAACCCCAAGGCCUCCAUCUCCGGCGGCGCCGUGUCGGUGUUGCCCGCGGGCACCAUCACCCCCAUCACGCAGCCGAACGGAAGCUUCUCGGCGGGUUGGAGGUCCGCGUCGUACGGCUGCUCGGACUGCAACUUCACAGACACUGUACGGCGCCGAGCUGCCGACAACGCAAGCAUGUACGUCGACAUCGCCCCCUGGGGUGCGCUGGUGCUCGAGAGCGACACGCCCUUCUCCGGAAGCAGCAUGCUCGACAUGUGGGUCAAGGGUGCGGGUGUGGCCCGUGUGGUCCUCUACAUGCAAGACACCCACCAGCGCCGCCUGAGCAGCGAGGUCCAGUUCUCCCGCCUAGACGCAGCUGUCGUGGCCCAGCAAGGCAUCACCGUGCUCGGGUCCGAUGACGACGGUUGGAUGCGCUUCCAGUUCUCGUUGGCGGCUCUGGCAACUAUCCCCGGAACCAAUACGACCCAGAUCGCGGACGUUAGCGGUUGGAACCGCAUCGUCAUACGGG